CUGGCUUAGUGGUUAGUGGGGGUCGCCAAAGCCUGGCCUGGAAAUCUAGUGACAACUCACAGGUUUUCCAGCCUUACGUCUUGAGAACCCGCAGAAACAGCACAACAGUUAUGAACCGGCACAGCAUGCUAAUAUCAUCAUCUCCAAUACGUAUCCCUAGCAGCAGACUCCAUCAAAUCAGAAGGGAGGAAGGGGUGGAUUUGAUGAACAGAGAAACAGCACAUGAGAGGGAAGUACAAACAGCAAUGCAAAUAAGCCAGUCAUGGGAGGAAAGCUUGAGCCUGAGUGACAACGAUUUGGACAAAUCUGAAAAAUCUUCGUCUCCAAAGAGAAUAGAUUUCAUUCCUGUUUCUCCAGCACCUUCACCUACAAGAGGUGUAGGAAAGCAAUGUUUCUCGCCAUCCCUGCAAAUGUUUGUGAGUAGCAAUGGAUUGCCUCCUAGCCCCAUUCCAAGCCCCACAAGGAGGUUUUCAAAAAAAAAUGGCCAAGGGCAUGUGGAAUUUCCAAGCAGGAGGAGUCAGAGUCCCAUCAACUGUAUCCGGCCCAGUGUUCUUGGCCCUAUUAAAAGGAAAGGUGAAAUGGAAACUGAAAGUCAACCAAAGAGACUCUUUCAAGGAACCACUACUAUGCUUUCUCCUGAUGUGACGCAUUUGACAGACCUCAGUUCAUGUUUGUCUACAGAUAUCCUUGAUGGGAGCACAAGCAGUGUCAGCUCUUCUUCCGAUUCACUGGUCAAAGGCAGCACUACUACAGAAUCUCCAGUCGCCUGCUCAAACUCAUGUUCCUCCUUCAUCUUGAUGGAUGACCUUUCACCCAAGUGACUUGAUCCAGUUCGCCCGUGUCUGUCUGUGCUGUUCUCCUGCUGUACGGUUGUACAGAGAAGCCUGGAGAAUUAAAUCCUUGAGGACCUGGGGAGUUAACCACUGAGUGGAAAGAAUAACAUAACUUUAUUCUGUGGCAACUUCUCCACCUGGUUUUGAUUCUUCUUCUUAAUGGACACAUCAGGCCUCAGUGAUGUCUUGUUUGGUGAUUUAUUUUUAAAACAACAGAUUAUUUUACCUAUAUUUACUGAGAUCAUUAACUUUGCUUUCAGAGAAACUGCAUACACUUUUUUUAAUUUCUCAAGCAAGCACCUAAUUUGUAUUAGUGCUAAAAUUGUAGACGGAAAACCUGUUGCUAUCAUGAUCACUUGUUCUGGAGGUAAGAAUGGUGGUUACAGGAUUGGUUAUGAAGCCUCUGUUUGAGGUGGCUUUUUUAAAGUAAUAAAUUAGUUUGCUCUAGAUACUUGUUAGGAAAAAUGAAAAUACUUUUGCUGGACAAUAGACACAUUCGGGACCUCCCCCUGCCUCAAACACCCUUAAAAGAUAGUUCAGAACAGGGAAUCUCCCUCCUUUAAUUCCUUUUUGCAGCCUCUGCUCUGUCUUUUCCAAAGAAGGAGAAAAGCUUUUGAACUGUCCUUUAUGCUUAGGGGCAACUGCUGUGAUGAUGCUGGGAGCCAAAAAUAUUUGUGGAGGGCUUUUAAAAAUUAUUAUUAUUGAAUGCUACUGUAGCUCCUUAUCGCCAGUGGGAAGGGGGUCUGCCAGCUCUUUGUGAGAUACAGUUCUCUGACCUGCUGCAUUCUCUAAUCCAGACUGCUUCGAGGUUUGUUUGUUUGUGUGUUUAAUCACCACCAGUAGUCACAGAAGUGUCUUUGGGCAAGAGCGCAAGAUGGGUCGUGGGAAUGAAUAGCCACGCUUGUUUGGGCUGCUUUGUAGAAUUUAUCAAGCAAUCAGUGACCCUGGUGGCACUGAGAUGUGUUUGUGCCUUAGGGGAUGUGGUCACAAAAUGGAGGAAUGUAAACCUUAGGGGUCUGGGUGGAGAAGAGGAGGAGGAGUCUGGUCGUCAAGAGUGCUUGUAUGAGGUGCUGUUGCCACUACUGCUUUUUCUUGGUUGCUUCUUGAGUUGCUGGACCCAUUGUGGGAAGGGAUUCUGCAACCAGUCCUGGCAGUUCCGCGAUUGCACCGCCUUGGUGUGUAUCUUCAGAACCCCGAUAAGCUAACGUUAAUUUUCACAAAAGGAUUUACUAGUAACGAGGAAGCAAGCUCGGCUUCAGAUUUGAAAUAAGGAGCUUUCAUCGCCGAUGAGAAGUGAGUCUACUGUGGUACCCAUGUUCAGUCCUGGGGUGCAACAGAGGGUACAGUACAUCUUGUAAACUCUAACUUGGCUAAAAAAGCACACCCAUACAAAAAGAUCCAUUUGUAAUCUACUGUGUUAUGCUAUUUAUUAUUUAUAACUCUAAAAAUGCUGGUGAUGAAUUAUAGUAUUUUUUUAUGAUUGAAGCCCUUUUUUAUGUUCUGUGAGUGCUGGCUGGUUGGUAUUUAAUAGGCAAUGUUUUCUGCCAGAAAUGUAACGCUUCCAAUUCUGAAUGUUUGUAAGUAAUUCACAAGCUCUUGUUUGAGUACAACUUCUGAUCCCCCCCCCUCUCCAUUUUGGAUAUGAUAACAGAUAGCACUGAAUUUGACACGAGGCCUGUGCUAUCCUGUAAAGCACGUUUCUCUGGCAUUGCUUUAUCUGGCUAAGAGGGGGGGAAGGAACUCCUGAGUAUUUCAUUCUAAAAGAGAACACUUAGUUUUCCAUGCUUAGUAUUUUGCUCUUGAAAAUGUUUGUUUGGAAUUGUAAUAAGUACCAUAAUUGGGCCAGGUGUGCCUCUGUUAUCUGUAUUAUUCUUGCCUGUGGAGAGUUAGUUUCCCCACCUCCAAUAAAUGUGCAUAUUGUAAAAUAUUAUCCAGUGGUACCAUUUCUUUUUUUUUGAAAUAUGAAUCUGUGUCUCUGUUAACUGUAUUUGUAUACCUACAGUGCUACUGCUUGCAUACCAGCUGUUGCUUGAACUGAUGAACUUGGUGUUGGGUGUUUGUCCGUUUGAUUUUUUUUUUUAACAUUGCAUCACUUUUCUUUGGCUGUUUAGAGUUUUUUUAACAAUUGCAAAAUUAUCUGGUGUAGCACAAGUUGUUAACCUGUCUCCAUGCACUUAUUAGGCCUGUGACAUGGAAAUCCACCUGGGAAGGAAUAGAAAAGUAAAUCUUCUGCAUGUUUCCUUAGAGUUGGAUUUUAAAAAUCGUUUUGGUUGACUUGUCCCCGUUAUUAAUUUUAAUCUUCUGUCUCUUUUUAGAAGUGUGGAGUCUUGUGUAAAACUUUGGAUUCUGUACACAUUAAAAUGUG